AUGGAUGGCUUACUACGCACACUAACACGCUCUCGCAACGCCGCGCCGUCUCCUAACCGCGGCAGCCGCAAUCGCAACCGACGCGGCGAAAGCCGCAAAGGCAGCGGCGGCAACAACCACGGUCAAAUUGAAAUCAUUCUCGAGGCCCUCGCCCGAGGGUUGGUCGAGUAUGCGGUUCAGAAGUACAUGAAGAAGCUGAGCGGCGGUGAUGAAGAUAAAGCCGGAGGAGGACGAAGGAACCACGACGACCGGCGCCUUAGCACGCGCGGCAACAACCAUGGCCGUGCCGAAGACGAGCACGCUAGAGGCGGCGUUCCGAAUAUGGACAUGGAGAUGCUGGAACACCUGGGCAAGAAUAUCCUCUCCAAGGCCAUGGAACGCUUUGGUGGCGGCAGCGGGGAGGAUGAAGAAGACGAUGGGCGCGCAGACGUGAGAGCGAGUGGACGGAGCCGGAGACACGGCAAGGGAAGGACGGAGAGCCGGGACCGCGACACGCACUCUCGCGAACGCUCGCAAAAUCGCCCUCACAGACGAGGUCGCGACGACGGCAAAGACGAAGAUCGUGACCGGAGAAGACGCCACAGCCGCGAUAACGGAUACCCUUCACACAGGCCCAGUUCCCAGCACCGCGGCUGCUCGCCAUCGCCGUCGAGACACCGUCGCGGCGACGACAAUACUCACCGCCGGCGGAGAUACGGGACCGACUAUGCACCGCUCAAAGAGGAGUUGGAGACCCUGUCCAACACAAUCAUAUCCCUGAACGAACGGCAGCCUGGACAUGCCGACUGCGAGUUUUACGAUGCGUUUAUGGAGCGGUCGGGAAAGGUGCAGGAGGCUAUCGGUUCCGUGUUGGUGCAAAUUCGGGAGAGGGAGGACAGGAGGGAAGAGAGGCGUGGUCGGCGGAGGGGUUGA